AUGCUGCCAGGAGACCAAACAGCAAAAGGCAAUUUCUCUUCAGUUAUGGCAUUUGUUCUCCUGGGAUUUUCUGAUCUUCCAAACCUCCAGGGGUUUCUAUUUGGACUUUUCUUUCUCAUAUACAUAUUCAUCUUAACAGGAAAUGGUCUUAUCAUAAUAAUCACAAGGGUGGACUCUGUUCUCCAGACUCCCAUGUAUUUUUUUCUUGCAAAUUUCUCCUCACUGGAAAUCUGUUAUGUGUCUGUCACUCUCCCCAGGAUUCUAGUGAACAUUUGGACUCAAGGCAGAAGCAUUUCCUUGCUGAGCUGUGCCACCCAAAUGUGCUUCUUCCUUGUUCUGGGAGCCACAGAGGCUUUCCUUCUGGUGGUGAUGGCCUAUGACCGCUAUGUGUCCUUUUGCAACCCUCUGCAUUAUCCUCUCAUCAUGAACCACAAGAUGUGUAUCCAGCUGGCUGCUGGUGCCUGGCUCAGUGGAGUUCCAGUCCAGGUAGCACAGACAUGUCAGGUGUUCUCACUGCCUUUCUGUGCUUCAAACCAAAUCAACCACUUUUUCUGUGACAUCCCCCCAUUGAUCAAGCUGGCCUGUGGGGACACUUCACUUAAUGAGGUGUGUGUCUAUGCAGUCGCCGUGCUAUUUGCCAUGAUCUCUUUUCUGCUGAUACUUGGCUCUUAUGUCAAAAUCAUUUCUACCAUCCUAAGGUUGCCCUCAGCCACAGGGCGGUCCAAAGCCUUCUCCACCUGCUCUUCCCACCUCAUAGUUGUGCUUUUAUUCUUUGGUUCUGUUACUAUCACCUACUUAAGGCCCAAAUCAAAUCAUUCUGCAGGAACCGACAAGAUGCUCUCUAUUUUCUACACUAUUGUGACUCCAAUGUUUAACCCCAUGAUAUACAGCCUUAGGAACAAGGAUGUGAUCACAGCUUUAAAAAAAUUAUUACAUAAGAAAACAGUGUAA